AUGGCUACUGGUGCUACACACAACCUUCUUCUUUACCUUUUCUGGAUUUCUGUCUCUUUUUUCUCUGGAUCUUUGCAACUCUGCAUAGAGAAGGAGAUGAAAGCUCUCCUGAGCGUGAGGAGGGGAUUCCCUGACGUCUAUAGGCGGCUAUCUCCAUGGAAGGGCGAUGAUUGCUGCAGUUGGGCAGGUGUAGGAUGCCACAACGUCACAGGUCAUGUUAUCAAACUUGACCUCUCUAUUUUGCAAUCUGAAACAGUUUUCAACAGAAGCGAGGUGCAUCCUUCAUUGUUUCAUUUGAAGCAUUUGAAGUAUCUAGAUAUAAGUGGGAACAACUUAUCUGGCCAUCAAAUUCCUGGCUCGAUUGUAUCUUUAACUCAAUUGCAGCACUUGGACCUUUCCGGAUGUGGUUUCAAAGGAGAAAUUCCCUACCAACUUGGCAAUCUCUACAAUAUACAAGGCUUGUUCCUCGGUUUUAACCGUCUCGAAGGUGUAAUACCGAAAAGCAUAGGAAACUUGAGUAAAAUGUCAAGUCUGGACCUUUCUCUUAAUAGAAUUGUUGGAGGCUUACCGGAGACUAUUGGCAAUCUAACUGCAAUGCAGAAUUUGGAAUUAGUAUCUAAUCAGAUUAGUGGGAAGAUACCAGAUUCAAUUGGAAAUCUCCACCAGUUAGAAUUUCUCGAUAUCUCGGGUAACAACAUAAGUGGAUCAAUCCCUGGUACCUUAGGAAGUCUAUGCAACUUGAGUGGAAUUGUUCUCAGUUAUAACAGUAUAACAGGGAGAAUUGUUGAAUUCUUUGAACAACUAUCAAGAUGCAGAGGCUUCAAAGAUUAA